UGCAGUGCCUUAUUGGAUUGCCGGCCGAGGGGGUGUUGCCGCCGCGACAGUGACGGGGCGUGCGGGCGGUGAUAUGCCGGAGCUGCGGAGCGUUGUAUAAGAAGGAGCUGCAGGGAGCGGAAGAGAAUUAAAAGGGACCACUUUUCUCCUCUGUGAGCUGAAGAGAUUAGCAAAAUGUUUGGGACAGUGGUGGUUGGAGUUGGAAUUGCUGGCUUGGCACGAAUCCGAGACUUGAUGAAUCCGAUGCCUUCUAGUCCUUCUGAGCACCUGAAACUCUUUGGAUUUGUAUCCAGGAGAAGUUUUGGCAAUAUUAAUGAAGCUAAGCAGAUUAGCCUGGAAGAUGCUCUGAGAAACAAAGACAUCCAUGCAGCCUUCAUCAGCACAGAGAACAAAAGCCAUGAAGAAACCAUCAGAAUGUUCUUGGAAGCUGGGAAACAUGUCCUUGUUGAGUACCCCAUGGCACUGUCUGCAAAGGCAGCCCAUGAGCUCUGGGAGAUGGCUGAGCAGAAAGGUAAAGUACUCCAUGUGGAGCACAUUGAACUUCUUACUGAAGAGUAUAAGCAGCUGAAAAAAGAGGUGGCUGGGAAAGACCUGGUGAAGGGAACUUUGCAUUUCACAGGUAGUGUCCUUGAUGAAAACAAAUCAGGAUUCCCAGCUUUCAGUGGAAUUGCCCGUCUGACGUGGCUAAUUGACCUCUUUGGAGACCUCACUGUUACCUCUGCCACCAGAGAGAAGCAGAAGGAUAAGAAUUAUUCCAGAAUGACUGUUCACUUUCAGACGGCAAACAAGAAACCCUUGACUUGGAUUGAAGAAAGGGGACCAGGGAUGAGACGUGAAAAGAAAAUCAACUUCUGUUUCACAAGUGGUUGCCUGGAGAAUUUCCCUGAAGCCCCAAGGUCUUCUGUGGGCCUUUUCAUGCAGGAUCAGAACCUCUUUGCCAAGAAACUGCUGGGCCAGGUCUCCAAGGAGGAGCUGGCUGCUGAGAAAUGGCGAAUUUUGCGGUGUCUUGACCUUGCCGAGGUGAUCCAGCAGUACUGUGAAGAACCAGAGAAAAUCUAUUCCUGAGACUGCUCUUGGGGAAGGAAGAACAAGGCAGGCAGAAAAGCUCUGUUGUCAUCAAGCAGUUGCUAUUUGUUUCAUUACCUUCUUUUUGACCACUUGUGAUUCUUGGGCUCACCAGGUAUUCUGGGAGAGUCUGGGAUAUACCCUGUGCCUUCUGGUUUGCACCAGACCAAAGCAAUUCCCCUGCUCUGAUGCAUCCCUGUUUUUUCAGGCAGUUAGGAGCCUAGCAACAACCAGCUUUCCUGUGAUUCAGCUGGGAAUAUCCCUGACAGUAGAUCCUGCAGGACUGUAAAUACUAUAUAUAAUUCUCUCUCCCAGGGUCUGUCCCCCCAUUCCAGAUAUGUCUGAAAAUGAACAUGUCUCAAGACUAUUCCUGUACUAUUUUCUAGAAUGAAGUUCCAGUUCAGUUUUCCACCUCUUUACUUGAAAUACAUAACUUGUGCCACCACAGUCUUGACCUUUUCUUCCAAUUGCCCUGAAUUGUUCUGUGCAUUUACUCUAAUUAGUAGUCUUGCCUGUUAGAUAUUGGGGGGUGGUUUGUGUGUUUUAUGCUUUUUUUUUGGGUGUGGCUGGUUUUCACACUGGAGGUCAACUAUCAUCAAAUUAAAUCUCUAUUGGUAUCAAACCAGAA